CGGUACAGAACGGAACAAGAUCGGAGGGAGAAGAGCAGGCGGACCAUGAAGGCUUUGGCGGUUCUGGCGCUGUGUGUCAGCGCGGCGGCCGGUCUCACGCGAGACGGCACCUACUGGGGUCGUCCCGGAUCUGGCCUCCUCGGCGGCACCCGUAGAGGUAGCGGCGGCGGUGGGUACUACCCCAACGGAGGGGGUAGCGGCGGUGGAUACUACCCCAAUGGAGGGGGUAGUGGGUACUACCCCAGCAGUGGCGGCGGCGGCAGCGGACACAGUAGUGGUACCAGCGGAAACAGCUACUACCCAGGACCGGUGAUUCCAGACUACCCACCGCGGUACAGGUACCGCCGGGACACCACUGGAGCCGUGAUCGAGGACCGUCCCGUACCGCCGCCAAUAAACUACCAGCCCGAGCAGGACUUCCAGGGCGUCAUUCCCGACCCCAGCCCCAACACUGGGGGUCAGUUUAUUCCCGGACACCCUAAUCCCAAUACUGGGGGUCAGUUUAUUCCGGGGCAUCCUAAUCCCAACUCUGGGGGUCAGUUUAUUCCUGGACAUCCUAACCCUAACACUAACUCUGGAGGUCAGUUCAUUCCAGGCCAUCCUAAUCCGAACACUGGAGGCCAAUUUAUUCCCGGACAUCCGAACCCUAACACCAAUACAGGGGGCCAAUUUAUUCCAGGACACCCCAACCCCAACACCAACUCUGGAGGUCAGUUUAUUCCCGGACAUCCUAACCCUAACACCAAUUCCGGAGGUCAGUUCAUUCCUGGACAUCCCAACCCGAACACCAACUCUGGGGGUCAGUUCAUCCCUGGACACCCCAACCCUAACACCAAUACUGGGGGUCAGUUCAUCCCUGGACAUCCUAACCCGAAUUCGAACACCGGUGGAUCCGGAUCCGGUCACAGCGGUGGAUCCAUCACUCCGGGAAACUCCGGAAACUCGGGAUCCGGCCACAGCACGGGUUCUGUUAUCGGCAACAGCGCCUACUGAAGAAGCAUGAGAAGAUGCAAGGGAUGGAGUAGCAGUGACAUCUAUCGACUGAGUCGUUAACUAGUGAAACGAAAAACCACCGCUAGGGUCCGCUGAUGUUCAUCGUGGUUCGCAUGUGAUUGAAAGUGUAUUGCCGUGCUGGAUUUCGGUGUACGUUACGUAAAAAUACACAAGCGUUU